AUGCGAGGUCGCAAUCGAGCGGGGUCGCAAUCGAAGGAUUCCAAAUUGCACCGUGCGAACUUGUUUUUUGUCUGCACUGUGCAAAUUAUUUUUUGUUUUGUUUGUUCGCACUGUGCAAUUUGAUUUUUCUAAAUUGCACUGUGCGAAGUUUUUUGUUUGUCUGCACUGUGCAAAUCUCGCUUUUUCAAGUUGCACCGUGCAAAUUUUUAUUUUUUUGCUGCACUGUGCAAAUCUCUUUUGCACUGUGCAAAGUUAUUUGUUUUCUUGCACUGUGCAAAUCUCAUUUUUCAAAUUGCACUGUGCGAAAAUGUUUGAAUGUCUGCACUGUGCAAAUUAUUUUUUGUUUUGUUUACCUGCACUGUGCAAAAUUUCAUUUUUUCAAAUCGCACCUUUUUGUUUUUUGUUUGCACUGUGCAGAACUCUUUUUUGAAAUUGCACCGUGCAAGUCUUAUUUUUUUCAAAUUGCACUGUGCAAAGUUGUUUGGUUGUCUGCACUGUGCAAACUUCAUUUUUUCAAGUUGCACUGUGCGUCUUCUUUCUGUCGAAAUUUUGUCGCUCCGCAAAAUGCGCAAAUCCACUUUUCUCGUGCACCGUUUGAAAACAUGGUGUUUCGCGCACAGUGCAGUCGUUUGUCGCUGCUCAUCCAAAGACAAAAACAAAAAGAGAAGAGCCCCUUUUUGAAUGCACAGUGCAAUCGGACGAUUUUUUUUGCACAGUGCGGAUGCUCGUAAAAUUUUUGCACAGUGCAAAUCGGGUUUCUGAUUUUUUGCACAGUGCGAAUGGGGAAAAAAUUCAACUGCACAGUGCGGCUCAAAAAAUUUUGUUUUAAUGGAAUUAUCUGUUCAAAAAAUUGCAAAAAUAAAAAAAAUCGAUGCGACAUCAGAAAAAUAAACAUACGAACGUCGAAAAAAUAUAAUUUCUUUUUUUUCAGAUUCCAUUCGCAGUUAUUUUGAGCAAGUUUCCAACGGCGUCUACACAAUCGACGGGACCGAUGUUCAUGGCUGGUUCCAAUUGCCCUUCAAACAGAAGGAAAUCCUCCGUCUCACCAACAUCCAAACCGCCCUCAAGCUGGGCAGUGAAAGCAGUUUUGAGGUAAGCGAAUCUCGUUUAAACUUCAAAUUUUCAAAUUUAGUAUUUCGACAAGAUCAAAGAGCUGUGUGUGAAAGAAGCGGAACGAAAUGGAGUUGUAACCCAUCGACAAAAAAUUACAAUCGUGAAUGGAGGCACAACGGCGGUUUAUGGGAAGAAAUAUGGAGUUUUGUUGACGCCACAGAUGAUGUUCCCAAGUGUUUUGACUCAUGAAAUGGUUCAUUCGUUCUUUAUUGGGCACUCAUACAGUGAUCGGAAGAUUAGAGUGAGUUUAUUUUAUAUUUUUGGGUUUUGCAAUUUUUUCGACUGUUUGGCAAAAUUUUUGCUGCGAGGAGAACACUUGACCCAACGAAAAAUUACUGAAAAAAAAUUAAUUUUAGGGAUCUAGGACAUGGAGAGAGUCAAAAAAGUAUUUUUUUUAGAUUUUUUUGAUAUUUGAUAUUAGGGAAACACUUGACCCAAUUUUUUUAAAAUACCAGCGAUAGCAUUUAUGCUGCAUUAAAUUCAUUUUUUUAACUUAAUUUUUAAGAAAGUGUUAAUUUUUUGCAGCGCAUUUUAUCACAAUGAAAAAAAAAUCGCCCUUUGAGUCAAGUCUUCUCCUCAUUCCAAAAAAUCUCAAAUCUCAAAAAAAUUCUAUUUCCAGGUGUUUCCCUACGCGCUGAACGGCGAAUACGACGAUCGCUACGAUUUGAUGAGCACGGCCAACGCCUACAUGCAUCUGUCGCCCUUCGGAAUGGCGGGUCCCGGCCUGAACGGAGCUCAUUUGGACUUUCUCGGCUGGCUUCCCAUGGAUCGAAUGCUCUACUUUGGCCACGAUGGACGGCAAAAUUACACUCUCAGACUGUCUUCUCUCAGUGUCGCACAUAACGCGACUAGAGGCUGGUUGUUUGUUAUGAUUCCGUACGACCGAACCAAUCCUCGCAACUUUUACACCGUCGAACUGCGGACCCCCCACAACUUUGAUCGAGGAAUCGGGCAAGCCAGUGUCCUAAUUCAUCGAGUUCAGCGGGCCGGAGAGAGUUAUUACAGUGUGUUGUUGAGUCAGGCGCAGGAUUAUUACGAGCUGACGGAAGGGACGGAAUGGGUCAAAUUUCUGGAUGUUACCAUUAAUGGGCGAUUCCAAGCGUUGAGAGUUAGUGUGAAGAAGGUUUAUGCGACGGAUGCGGAUAUCACGAUCAGCUCCACUUUUUCACCGGUAAUUCGUUUUUUUUUUCAUUUUGCACUGUGCAAUCAAACUAUAAAUUUUUUUUACCGCACCGUGCAAAAAUUAGAAAAAAAACAUUCCGCACAGUGCGACAUAUUUUUAGGUUCUUUUUACCGCACUGUGCAAGCAAAUUUCAAGUUCUUUCCGCACUGUGCACAAUUUUUGCGAUGUCACUUUCGUUUGCACUGUGCAAUCGAAUUAUCAAAUUUUUUUGCCGCACCGUGCAAAAAUUAGAUAAAAUAAACUGCACAGUGCGACGUAUUUUUGUGAUUCUUUUCACCGCACUGUGCGGGAAAUUUUCAAUCUCUUUCUUUUCUGCACUGUGCAAAAAUUCAAAAGAAAAAAGUAACUGCACAGUGCGAUAAAUUCGAAUGAUUUUUUUACCGCACAGUGCAGAAAUUUUCAAGUUUUUUUCUUUACAGCACUGUGCAAGAAUUAAAACGAAGCCGCACAGUGCGAUAUGUUUUUCGUGAUUUUUUCGCCGCACCGUGCAAAAUUCAAAAAAAGAAGCCGCACAGUGCGAUAAAUUUCCAUGAUUUCUCCCCCGCACUGUGCAGGAGAAUUCCAAUCUCUUUCUUUUUUGAACCGUGCAAAAAAAUCUUUUGCGUUCUCUGCACGGUGCAUUUUCUCUCCAAAUACCGAUCAUAACGCUCUUUUUUCAGACGGAGUGUCGUCUCGGCGAAGUUGCCAGUCGUCUGAAGGAGCCCACAGCCGGCAUUCAACAUGUUUGUUUGGACAAGGACAGGGAGAUCGAUGAGUCCGAUCUCCGUCGUCAAGUGGCAAGACAGCAUUUCUAUUCCGAUGGAAAAACUUUUGGAGCAAAUUCUUGCCGAACUGGCAAAAUUUGGCGCGCCAUCGACGCUUAUGACUAUGUUUGCGUGGAUCCUAAACGGUAAGGGGAACUCCGAUUUUUGUAUACAUAGCUUUUUGAAAACUGUAGCACAUGCGCGGAGAUUUUUGACACAAAAUGCAAAAUAAAAAUUUUGGGUCAUGUGUUUCCCUCAUUGCUUAGCUGCUUUUUUAUGUCGUUUUUAUGCCUUGAUGCAUCAAAGCCAUUUAAAAAUUGUCUUUUUUGCGGUUCGACAACAAGUUUUGUUUUGGGUCAAGUGUUUUCCUCACAGCUUAAUAUUCGCAAAACUCCAUAAAAAAGUCUUUGAAAAAGUUUUAUGUUGUGCUUGAUGCAUCAAAACCGUUUUAAAAAAGUCCAUUUUCCCCUUUUUAACAACAAUUUAAAAUCUGGGUCAAGUGUUCCCCUCACUGCUUAAAAUUAGCAAGACUCCCAAAAAAACCUUAAAAAUUGCAAAAAUUAAACAUACUGAUCUCACAACUUAACCUUAUUUUUCAGACAAGAGGAAAUCCAGUCCGAAACCGAGCACCAAGUGGAGCGUUUCAAUCAGACCUCUUCGGACUGCACUGACUCCUUCUUUCCUCGUGCUGCUUUCUCGGGCGACCGGAUUUGUGUCAGCGAGGAGGAGAAGAAUGCAACUGAAGUCGAUAAUGCUCAGUCGCUGAGGCAUUUGAAAUAUUUUGAGUUCUUUAAUGGCAUUGACACUGUUGGGCCUUAG